AUGAGGGGCAAAGCAGAUCUGGGGCAAAGAGAGGUUCCAGGGGGCUCAGCAGGUGCCUCAACCCCAGCAGGGUCAGGCUGCCCUGACAGACAUCCCUCAAGGGGUAGGGGUGCAGCUCUGUGGCCAGGGGCUGCCAUCCGUGACCCUGAGCCCCCACUGGCCCCUAACCUCCCCAACUCCAGUGAAAUCUGUCAACGUCUUCUGCCAACUUUUCUUCCCUGUGCUCCCUUCUCUCACAGACGGAUGUCCAUGGACAUGGGGAUGGUAGACGGUGGCAAGGUGGCCCCAGAGGCCCCGCAGCCCACCCGCAUCGAUGUGCACAUCCACCAGGAGUCAGCUGUGGCCAAGCUCCUGCUCGCCGGAUGCUCUCUGCUGUGGCCCCCAGCCCCUGCCACAGCCACCAACACCAAGACCCCAGGCAGCAGCCGGCUGCUGGUGGCCUCCAGGGUGGUACAGAUUGUGCUGGGGGUCUUGAGUGGGGUCCUGGGAGGAUUCCUCUACAUCGUCCACUCCCACAUACUCUUCUCAGGAGCUGCCAUCUGGACAGGGGCUGUGGCUGUGCUGGCUGGAGCUGCUGCCUUCAUUUACGAGAGACGGGGUGGCACCUGCUGGGCCCUGCUGAAGACCCUGCUCAAGCUGGCAGCUUUCUCCACAGCCAUUGCCGCCAUCGUCAUUGAGGCCAGGGAUUUGGGGCCUGACUUGUUUUCUGGAGAUUAUGUCUGUAACACCUCCCCCCAGAGGAGCUGGGCCACCCAGAUCCCCAUCACUGAGAAUCCAGAAGAAGUCAGAAGGCUACACCAGUGCCUCUCCUACGUGAACAUGCUGGCGGCCCUGAUCAUAAGCCUUCAUGCCAUGCUCUUGGGUGUCUGGAUCCUGCUGCUUCUGGCAAGUCUGGCUCCUCUGUUUCUGUUCUGCUGGAGAAAAUUCCUACAUACGGAGGAAAGAGACCAGAAGAAUCUGCUGGAAGUAAGUGGGAUCUAGCUCUGCCUCUCCUGAGCAUGUGUGCCUGGUGCUCCAGCACUGGGUGUCCCUUCACCUGGCUCCUGGAAGAAGAACCAGACCGGGCAAAAGGGACGGUCCAGUCACCCCCACUGUCCUUCCUCCAUGACCACAGCCACUGCCCUGCUCCACCCAACCAUCAUAGCAGUGCUUACCCUUUCCUUGCUCACCUUCACCAUCCUGAGCAGUAAUUUGAUAAUAAACUCGUAUUAUUGCUUCCA